AUGCCUCUUAUCAUAGUGACCGGUCAUCCCGCAUCUGGAAAAUCUACAAUCGUCGAUCGUCUGGCCCAAAAAUUCUCCGAAUCCCAAAAAGAGUGUCAAAUCAUUCGCGACGACGCCUACGGCAGUUUCUCGCGCAAAAACUACGAGUUCGCGAACAAAGAGAAGGAUCUGCGAUCGUGGAUUCGUUCAGAAGUUCAGCAGAAUUUGACAAAGAAUAAAGUUGUGAUUUGUGACGGUCUGAACUAUAUCAAAGGCUAUCGAUAUGAGCUGUUUUUGGCUGCCAAAAUGAGCAAAACGACGUAUUGUGUGAUUCAAGUCACGCCUUCUUCUGACACGUGUCACUGGUUGAAUGAGCAGAAGCCUGAAGGGGAGAGAUAUUCAAGGGAAAUCAUUGAUCAGCUGUUGAUGAGAUACGAGAAGCCAGAUACCAAAUUUCGAUGGGAGCAACCACUGUUUGAGGUCAAAAUUGGCAAGGCUGAGAAAGCCCUUCCCACUGAAAUUGACGAUGAUAUGAGUAUCGAUUUGGAAUACCCCGCGCCGAGAUUCGCCAACAUUUUUGACGACGAAAUUGUGGAAUGGAUUUGUAAUGGAACCCAGCUAACCGAAAAUCAAUCGACCCAAACUGUCCCGCUGGCUCCAACCAAUUUCCUUCACGAACUCGAUCGCUGCACACAGGACGUCGUCACCGUGCUUCUGAACGCUCAACGAACCGCCGUCCGCGGUCAGAAUCUCACGAUUCCCGGCGCUUCAGAAGGCUCGAAUCAAGUGAAAUUUUUGAAAUUGCGAACGCUUCCGGAGUUGAAUAGGCUACGUCAUCAAUUUGUGAAUAUGUCAAAGAAGGAUCCAAUGUCUGAUAAGGAAAAGAUAAUUAAUGGAUUUGUAGACUUUUUAAAUUGUAAUUUGAGAUGA